ACUGUGAAUCUUCUUGACUCCCUGAAACAACUACUCCUUGAGACUGUGGAGACACGUGCUGACCACGAAUAUGAUAGAAGGCAGUUUACUCUGUUGAUUAAUCAAUAUUUCUACAUUCAACAAGCAAGUAAAUCAGGCAAAUAAUACUUUGGUGUCAACCUGUUGUUACAUUAUUAAGUGAAGAGUAUUUGUUUCGGACUGUUUUAUUUAUUUUUAUAGAAAACAUUUCAUUUGCUUUUCUCAACUCUGAAUCUCGCACCCCACUAGUGAUAGAUUGGACAGGCUAAUUACUGCUGGUGAACUAUUGUGUAGUGUAAACCGCUAAGACAAGACUACAGUUGCUUUUCCUCUACACACUCCCGUUAUGAUCCAGCUUCACGACUGUUAGGACAUUCAGCUGAAAACAGUAUGACUCAUCUGGGACUACUUCAUAUCGCCGAACGGCAACAAUUAUCUUGUUGUUUCUUGAUUCUAGUCGUUUACAUCCUCUUUGUUAUUUCAGUGUCAGGUAGAGAGUAUACUGUUACGAACUUUGUGGGCAACAACGUCCUCCUGCCUUGUGAAGUAGACGUAGACACUUGCGGAAGAGUCUAUUUCAUCACGUGGACCAAAAACGUAUCUAAUGAUUGGGAGAGAGUGUAUUUGUAUAGCGAAAAUUUCGAAACAGCUUUAGGAGAUUUCACAAAUCCCUUUCGUGCUAGCUUUAAGCUACAGAAUGACUCCGCGUUUUUGAAAAUCCACUCUUUACUCUACGAGGACGAAGGGAUAUACAAAUGUGACGUCACUUACGUUAGAGGAAAAUGCCCGUCGCUGUCUUUUAUUAAGCUAAAUACACUAGUUAUUCCUUCGGAACCUGUGAUAACAGUUGAUAACAAGGUUGUUGAAAAUGGGACUACGAUCGGUGCGUUUCUCGAAGGAAGCACCAUCAUUGUGAAGUGUAAGUCGUCCGGAGGUAAACCUGCACCGGAAGUGACAUGGAGGAAUGGGACGUAUCCCUUGGUAACGAAAGCCGUUCACACACCAGGCGAUCAAGGUGGCGUCGACGUGGUGUCUAUUGUGCGAAUUACACUGUCACGCUGGGACCUAGAUGCCAAAUUGGUGUGUUUUGUCAAUAGUAAUGCCACAUCAACAAGAAUGAGCAAAUGGGUGAAACUAGACAUACAUGUGCGUCCGCUGGCCCUGACAAUUCGUGGCCGAUCUGUACCGGUCGUAGAAGGAGAGAUGGUCUCAUUAACUUGUACAGUAGAGGGCGCUCGACCAGCCGCGAAUAUUACCUGGUACAACCGUUCAGAAGUUGUUCGACCUCAACCAAUAGAUAGCAAGGACUUGAUGAGUGAUGGGACUUAUCGUACUACUAAUACGCUAGUCUUUAUUGCAUCAAGACACGAUCACCAUGGUGACUUUUUCUGUAAAGGAACCAACAGUGUCAUCAAAAAACGACUAGAAACACCUCUUUUCCAAGUAACUACUCUAGAAGUUCUAUUUCCUCCAGCUGUUGAGGUGUUACCACGAGGCUACUAUUCUGUAAACGAAUCCGACAAGGCCAUCUUUACGUGCUAUUUCAACGCCAAUCCACCGAACGUUACAGAAAUCGUGUGGUUUAAAAACGACAAUGUUUUCUCCCAGACUCCAACAAACCGAUUGCGUUUAAGUAAAAUUCCGAUUCCCACGUUAGAAAUUCGAAAUGUCAGACGUGAAGAUGCUGGGACUUUUAGUUGUCAAGUUAAGAAUGCUUAUGGAAGAGGAACGUCAAUCAAUUUUGUAGAAUUGGAUAUACUGUAUCCACCUCAAGUCAGUCUUAACCUUAAAUCGCCCAUAGCAAUAGAAGGAACCAAUUCUUCUGUUUGGUUCACAUGCGACACUUUAGACGGUAAUCCUAAAAACCUGACACAAGUGAAAUGGUAUAAGGAUGAAGAAUUGAUUAAAGAAAGCACAAGUAACAAACUAAUUCUAACGAGCAUUAAAAGACAUUUUGCUGGUAAUUACUCCUGUCAGGGAAUCAACGGAGCCGGCUGGAGCCCGAUAUCUUCACCAGAAGUUUUAACAGUGUACUAUCCUCCUGGCCUAACAAAGGUACUAUCAAAAGAAGAAAAAGUGGUAAAAGGAGAUUCAGUGACCCUGUACUGUGAGAUUAGUGACCUGGGAUUUCCACCGGCUAGUACCUUUCGGUGGGAAAUGAACGAUUUAGUGUUGAAUACCACAUCAAAUUUUUAUGUUAGCCACCCCAUAUCUGUAGCUACUGAAGGUAAUUACUCGUGUGCUGCAGUAAAUCAAGUGGCCAUCGGUAAUACAACACCUUUCAAACUGGAUGCUUUGGCUCCUCCAAGGUUAGUAGAAGAACUUCCAAGAAUUGGUGGAGCUUUGCGCAACCUUCAGUCUGUAAACUUAAAGUGCAGGGUUGAGUGUGAACCUUUAUGUGGCAUUACCUGGUACCGAAACAAUGAAAGCCUAAAUGGAUCCAAGUUCUUUACUAUAGAAACAUUCCAAGAGGCACCAGAUGUUGAAAAUAACACGUUUGAGUCUGUAGUUAGCAUUUUAUCUUGGAAUAUGAGGCAUUUUCCAUCUGAGAGUUUCGACUUCAAUAACUUUACCUGUAAAAGCUCAGAAAAUGAAGUGGGUGACAGCGUCUCAAGCAGCAUGAUUUUCCGACUGGAAUAUAAGGAAUCUAUUUUCUUCCUAGAAAACAAGAAGACAGAACUAAUGCAGCGACAAACGCCUGAGGGACGAGAGCUAACUGUUGAUGACACCCCAGGGGGCGCUUCCCCUCUUCUGACGAUCCUUGAUAAACCUGAUGGAAGCCCCCUAUUGAAACCUAUUGUUGGAGAAUUGCUCGUCGCAUAUGAAGUAAUUCUAAUAGAUAUUGAAAUUAUAUACACCGUAAUAUCUGAAGAUUUGUAUGUUUCAUAG